GGGACGUCCCAUAUAUAGUCAGAGCGACAGGACCCCGCUCAGUCCCUCUUUGGGUGACCUGUGUCUGUCUGGGGCCCUGUGAGACCGCUCUCAAGAUGCCUGAGCCAGGAAAGAAACCAGUCUCAGCCUUCAGCAAGAAGCCACGGUCGAUGGAGGUGGCCACGGGCAGCCCCGCGGUGUUCGAGGCCGAGACGGAGCGGGCAGGGGUGAAGGUGCGCUGGCAGCGUGGCGGCAGUGACAUCAGCGCCAGCGACAAGUACGGCCUGGUGGCCGAGGGCACGCGGCACACGCUGACAGUGCGGGAUGCGAGCCCCACCGACCAGGGCUCCUACGCGGUCAUUGCGGGCUCCUCCAAGGUCAAGUUUGACCUCAAGGUCACGGAAGCAGAGAAGGCAGAGCCCGUGCCGGCCCCUGCAGAGGUCCCUGGAGCCCCUGGAGAAGCCCUGGUCUCAGCCACUGAGCUGGAAGGAAGCACCCCAAGUUCCGAAGGGUCAAGCUCCGCAGCCCCUGAUGGUCCUGUCCCUGGGUGCCCUGGAGCACCCGAUGACCCCAUUGGCCUCUUCGUGACGCGGCCGCAGGAUGGCGAGGUGACUGCGGGCGGCAGCAUCACCUUCUCGGCCCGCGUGGCCGGAGCUAGUCUCCUGAAACCGCCCACCGUCAAGUGGUUCAAGGGCAAGUGGGUGGACCUGAGCAGCAAGGCGGGCCAGCACCUGCAGCUGCACGACAGCUACGACCGGGCCAGCAAGGUCUACCUGUUCGAGCUGCACAUCACCGAUGCCCAGGUGGCCUUCUCCGGUGGCUACCGCUGCGAGGUGUCCACCAAGGACAAAUUUGACAGCUCCAACUUCAACCUCACCGUCCACGAGGCCAUUGGCCCUGGAGACCUGGACCUCCGAUCCGCUUUCCGCCGCACGAGCCUGUCCGGAGGCGGUCGGCGGAUCAGUGACGGUCACGAGGAUGCGGGCAUUCUGGACUUCAGCUCACUGCUGAAGAAGAGAGACAGCUUCCGGGGUCUGCGGGACUCGAAGCUGGAGGCCCCGGCCGAGGAGGAUGUGUGGGCGCUCCUGCGGCAGGCACCGCCAUCCGAGUACGAGCGCAUUGCCUUCCAGCACGGCAUCACCGACCUGCGCGGCUUGCUCAAGAGGCUCAGGGGCCUGCGGUCCGACGAGCGGAAGAGCACGGCCUUUCAGAAGAAGCUGGAGCCGGCCUACCAGGUGAGCAAGGGCCACAAGAUCCGGCUGGCCGUGGAGCUGGCCGACCCCGACGCCGAGGUCAAGUGGCUGAAGAACGGCCAGGAGAUCCAGAUGAGCGGCAGCAAGUACAUCUUCGAGUCCGUCGGCAACAAGCGCACGCUGACCAUCAGCCAGUGCUCGCUGGCCGACGACGCGGCCUACCAGUGCGUGGUGGGGGGUGAGAAGUGCAGCACGGAGCUCUUCGUCAAAGAGCCGCCAGUACUGAUCACGCGCCCCCUGGAGGACCAGCUGGUGAUGGUGGGACAACGGGUGGAGUUCGAAUGUGAGGUGUCCGAGGAGGGGGCCCAGGUCAAAUGGCUGAAAGACGGGGUGGAGCUGACCCGGGAGGAGACCUUCAAAUACCGGUUCAAGAAGGACGGGCGGAGACACCACCUGAUCAUCAACGAGGCCACGCUGGAGGACGCGGGCCACUACGCGCUGCGCACCAGUGGGGGCCAGGCGCUGGCUGAGCUUAUCGUGCAGGAGAAGAAGCUGGAGGUGUACCAGAGCAUCGCCGACCUGACGGUGGGUGCCAAGGACCAGGCCGUGUUCAAGUGUGAGGUCUCGGACGAGAACGUGCGGGGCGUGUGGCUGAAGAACGGGCAGGAGCUGGUGCCCGACAGCCGCAUCAAGGUGUCGCACAUCGGGAGGGUCCACAAGCUGACCAUCGACGACGUGACGCCCGCCGAUGAGGCUGACUACAGCUUCGUGCCCGAGGGCUUCGCCUGCAACCUGUCAGCCAAGCUGCACUUCAUGGAGGUGAAGAUCGACUUCGUGCCCAGGCAGGAGCCGCCUAAGAUCCACCUGGACUGCCCAGGCCGCACACCGGACACCAUCGUGGUUGUGGCUGGGAACAAGCUGCGCCUGGAUGUCCCCAUCUCUGGGGACCCUGCCCCCACCGUGAUCUGGCAGAAGAUACUCUCUCAGGGAAAUAAGGGCGCAGCUGGGUCAGCCCCCGGUGCCACGGAGGAUGCAGGGGACAGUGACGAGUGGGUGUUUGACAAGAAGCUGCUGUGUGAGACCGAGGGCCGGGUCCGCGUGGAGACCACCAAGGAGCGCAGCAUCUUCACUGUGGAGGGAGCGGAGAAGGAAGACGAGGGCGUCUACACAGUCACUGUGAAGAACCCAGUGGGCGAGGACCAGGUCAACCUCACAGUCAAGGUCAUCGACGGGCCAGACCCCCCCGCGGCCCCCCAGAUCAGCAACGUGGGCGAGGACUGCUGUACCGUGCGGUGGGAGCCGCCUGCCUACGAUGGAGGACAGCCGGUGCUGGGCUACAUCCUGGAGCGCAAGAAGAAGAAGAGCUACCGCUGGAUGCGGCUGAACUUCGACCUGCUGCGGGAGCUGACCCACGAGGCGCGGCGCAUGAUCGAGGGCGUGGUGUACGAGAUGCGCGUCUACGCGGUCAACGCCAUCGGCAUGUCCAGGCCCAGCCCUGCCUCCCAGCCCUUCAUGCCUAUCGGCCCCCCCAGUGAACCCACCCACCUGGCAGUGGAGGACGUCUCUGACACCACCGUCUCCCUCAAGUGGCGGCCCCCGGAGCGCGAGGGAGCAGGAGGCCUGCACGGCUACAGCGUGGAGUAUUGCCGGGAGGGGGGCUCAGAGUGGGUGGCCGCAGUGCAGGGUCUGACGGAGCGCACGUCCAUGCUGGUGAAGGACCUGCCCACGGGUGCCCGGCUGCUCUUCCGCGUGCGGGCGCACAACGUGGCCGGACCCGGGGCCCCUGUCUCCACCAAGGAGCCCGUGACGGUGCAGGAGAUACUGUUGCGACCACGGCUCCAGCUGCCCAGGCACCUGCGGCAGACCAUCCAGAGGAAGGUCGGGGAGCCCGUGAACCUCCUCAUUCCUUUCCAGGGCAAGCCCCGGCCUCAGGUGACCUGGACCAAAGAGGGGCAGCCGUUGGCAGGCGAGGAGGUCAGCGUCCGCAACAGUCCCAGCGACACCAUCCUGUUCAUCCGGGCUGCUCGCCGUGCCCACUCGGGUGCCUAUCAGGUGGCCGUGCGCAUCGAGAACAUGGAGGACAAGGCCACGCUGGUCCUGCAGGUGGUGGAUAAGCCAAGUCCCCCCCAGGACAUUCGGGUCACCGAGGCAUGGGGUUUCAAUGUGGCUCUGGAGUGGAAGCCACCCCAGGACGACGGCAACACGGAGCUCUGGGGUUACACAGUGCAGAAAGCCGACAAGAAGACCAUGGAGUGGUUCACCGUGCUGGAGCACUACCGCCGCACCCACUGCGUGGUGUCCGAGCUCAUCAUCGGCAAUGGCUACUACUUCCGGGUCUUCAGCCACAACAUGGUGGGGCCCAGCGACAGAGCCGCCACCACCAAAGAGCCUGUCUUCAUCCCCAGACCAGGCAUCACAUACGAGCUGCCCAGCUUCAAGGCCCUGGACUUCUCGGAGGCGCCAAGCUUCACGCAGCCGCUGGUGAAGCGCUUUUUUUUUGACACCAGCCUCUGUUGCGCCGUCCGGGGCAGCCCCAAGCCCAAGAUCUCCUGGUUCAAGAACGGCCUGGACCUGAGGGAGGACGCCCGCUUCCGCACGUUCAGCAAGCAGGGCGUGCUGACCCUGGAGAUCAGGAAGCCCUGCCCCUUCGACGGCGGCGUGUACGUCUGCAGGGCCACCAACCUACAGGGCGAGGCACAGUGUGAGUGCCGCCUGGAGGUGCGAGUACCGCAGUGACCAGGCCGGCUCCCCACUCUGGCCAGGUACAAGCAGAUGCCAGUCCUGUGUGCCAGGAGCCGGAGGACGCCG